CUUUAGAGUAUGGAAAAUUAUAUAGUGACCGACAAGAUCUAUGAGAAAUUUUAAAAACCAACCUGCUGAUAAUCCGCUAUUGAUACCUAUUGUAACACUAACCCCCAGAGAGACAUUACAGAGUUGUACUAACCUGUAUCCAACAUUUAAAUAAAAUUACCGAAGAAGUGUUGAAUUUUAAAUUAUUAGACGUUAUUAGUUGGUUUAAGUGCUUUUACAAAUUGAUCUUAACAAUGGUUUUUAUCAGUAAACAAUCUCGCAAUAUAGUAUUAAAAAAUACUUGCGUUCAUCCUUUUUUUUAAUUUAGGACUGGCAAAAUAAUAGCUAUUUGUAUAACAAGGAAGCAAAGUGCUAUUUUUCCUCCCGAGAAUUAAGUUUACUUCAUUCAAGAAUCAUUCAAGGGAGGAAAAGUACGACUAUGCUCCCUACAAUCAGGUCAGGAAAUGAAUACUUUCGGUAGAGGUAUGUAGGUGGAAAAAUAUUUUUCAGUUACGAAAAUAAGUAGACAUUUUGUUUUGUGGGUUCGUCAAUGAACACUAUUUAUCGAUAUACAUAAAAAGAAGUAAAACUUAUUCCAAAUCCAUUAAAAAAUAUUUUUGUAAAAUGUUAUACAACAUGUCUUUGUUUGUAACAUUUAAAAAUAAUUAAGAGAAAUUCCUGCGGUUGACCUGAAUACAAAUUUAUAAACAAUUUUAUAUUUCCGGUAAUUGCUAAGUACUUAAUAAGUACAUUUUCGUAGAAUCAUUAAAUGGGGCGGGAUCAUUGUCACAAUAUUUAAAUAACGCAAUUAGUCAUUCUUAAGCAGUAUAUUUUGUGGUUCUUUCAGCCAGAGUUUGUUGAAAAAAAGCGCGUUGUGAUAUAAAAUUUAGUAUUUAUCAAAGAACAAUAAAUGUGGCGGCCAUGGGAAAGUGAUACGCAUUUACCUGACGAAAAUGAACCUACGGAUAAUUUAGAAGAUAAAGAUGGAAGUGCGGGGUCAAGUACUCACCAAAGGAAGAAUUUGUGUGUAACUGAGCAAAAUAUGGUGUUAGAUGUAUUUGACGGACUUUCUAAAAAAAUGACCAAAUAUGAAGCUGUUAAGCAAACGGCGAUAUUAACAAAAAUUUCUUGUGUAACAGUGUACCGUUUAAUAAAGACUGGUUCGAAAUAUAGAAAAACAAGAAAGGAUUUGGGAAGCUCUUAAAAAAUUCAACCUUACCUCUUGGAACCUAUUAGUGAGACAAUAUAUAAUAUGUAUGCAGCUAAAAUUAUGCCUAACCUAAACAAUAUCAUGGCAAAAUUAAAAGAAAAACAUAUGGUUCAUGAUUGUUCCACAAAGACUCUGGGACGACUUUUGACCAAAAAUGGUUUUAAAUAUAAAACUGUCAAUAAGAGACAAACCAUAAUGGAAAGUAGCCGCCUAAUAAAAUGGAGGAAUGAAUAUAUCGAAAAAAUUUUACAAUACCGCAGUGAGUGUCGAGAAAUUUAUUAUCUGGACGAGACUUGGUUUGAUUCUCACGAAACGAUAGAUAAAGCCUGGGCAAACGGUUUAAGCAAAUGCCAAAUAGAUGUACCUCAUUCUAAAGGCAAGCGAAUUUGCAUAUUACAUUGCGGAGGACAACAUGGAUGGGUGAACGAUGCGUUAUUGUUGAGUUCCAAAAGUAUUAAAGACAGUUCUCUAGACUACCACCAAGGCAUCGAAGGGACGCUUUUUGAAUCGUGAUUUGAGAAUACAUUACUCCCAAAUUUAAAAGCAAAUAGCGUGAUUGUUAUGGACAAUGCAUCAUAUCACUCCAGAUGCAUUAAAAAAAUUCCAACCAAACAGAGUAGAAAGGAUGAAAUUCAAGAAUUUUUAAUAGCCGAAGACCUAUAUUUUGAGGAUCAUUACACCAAAGAUCAACUAAUUCACGUUCUUCAUACAAAAGUCGUAACUAAAGAACAUAUUGUAGAUAAAUUAGCCACUAACAAUGGACAUAUGGUUUUAAGAUUACCUCCAUAUUACUGUGUGUUGAAUCCCAUAGAAUUGCUAUGGGCUCAGUUAAUAAACCAUAUCCGGAGGAACAACACAUCUCCAAAAGAUGCCCAAAGUGUUGUCGAACUAAUAAAAACGGAGUUCAAAAAUAUCAGUGCUCAAAACUAUCAAAAUGCUAUAAAACAUGUAAAGAAGAUUGAAAAGGAUUACAUGAAAAAUGUCCCAGCCUUGAAGAAAAUUAUUAUUAAUUUGGAUGAGAGUGAUGAAGAGAACGAUAAUGACGAUGAGUUGGAAUAACCUUUAAAUCCUAUUGGAAGAUCCCAAGUGAAUGUGAAUUUUUGAAGUGGCUAGUAUAUCAUUUAAUUUAUGAUAGUAAAAAGACCAAUUGGUAACUUUUUGUGGCAUCGCAUGUGACAUGUAAGUAAAUAAAAACUAUUUUUUUCAUACCUGUCAGUCUAAUUUUAACCUGUUUUACUUUAACUUAUGAUGGUGUCAUGUCCCCCAAAAGCUUUUUCCAUGUAACAACGACGACUUUCGUUGCACAGCUUUUUACUUUUUUACAAAAUAUAUACCUCUUACAAAAAAUUUUGUACUUUUAUUGUGAACAAAUUUAACUUCUUUUAUAUAGUGAGGUCCUAAAAUAACGGAUAAAUUCAUUUUCUACGUAAAUUAUAAGGGCAUACGAAAAAUCCUCAAAUAUACACAAAAAUACACUUUCUCAAUAAAAUCAUUUAACUACCUCCUUAACCGCCCAAGGGGUAAUAGCUACCCAUCUAAAAAGUUUAAAUAAAGGCGUGUGAUACGGAGUUUAAGAGGGUUUUCAAUUCUCUAUUCAGAAAUGUAAUAUUUUUGAUUUUUGGACUUGAUACUUAAGAAAGAAGUUAUUUUAUUUCUUACAUAAAAAAGUCCUCGAUUCAAAUAGUUGUCAUGAUUGACUAGUAUAUUUGUUAUCUGGUUGACAAAAAAGUAACAUCGAAUCUUUUUAAACAUUUAGGUAAAUGUCUCAAAAAGUAGCUAUUAUCCUUAUGGGGUUAAAGGGGUAGUUGAACGAUUUUAUUGAGAACGUAUAUUUUUGUGUGUAAAAAUUGACCUGGUUCAGGAGUUUUCAUCUACUUUAUAAUUAAGUACGUAAAAAUUAUAUCUAUCCGUUACUUUAGGACCUGACUGUAUAAUAUAUUAAUAUUAAGUGUUCAUUGACGAACUUGUUAAGAACCGAAGCACGGCUAAUAAAAAAACUUGUAAAUCCACCAAAGCAACAUUUUUAUUUUCGUAACUGAAAAAAUAUUUUAUUUUGCCAAUCUUAAUUUUGGAAAAAGGGUGAAGGAACAUUUUUCUAAAUACUAGAUAUAUAUAAUACGAGGUAGUUUACUUGAAAAAUAAUCAGUAUAUCGAUCAAUUGGUAAAAACAUUUAAGUACACAAAUUAAUAAUUUGAAAUUCAACACUUUCUCCGAUAAUUUUAUUUGAAUGUUGGAUACAACUCUGUAAAUGUCUCGCUGGGGGUCUGUGUUACAAUAGGUAUCAAUAGAUACCUAUUACCGGAUUACCAGUAAGUCGUUUAUUAAAAUUUCUCAUAGAUCUUGUCCCUCACAAUACCCCUCCAGGAGGACAUUGU